AACACACGCACACCCCUGAGCGCGAAUGGACGGUUCCGUUGCGAAGAAGCAAGAUGGCGGACAUCGGGUGGCAACUUCUGCAGACGACACUUUUCCUUUAGUUUGAGGAAAUAUUUGACCUCCCCAUAAUGUCUGAAUGUCUAAACAUGUGCAGUUAGUACAGGCUACGAAUUUUCUGACUGAGUUUCCGUUUGAAAUUUGGUUAUUUCAUGAAGUACAUGCUUCUCGCUGCUCCGACUUCGCAUAAUUUUCCCGCCAUAAACAAAGCUGCAGACGACCAAGUUGAGGUUCGCACCGCUUUGUAUAUUUCCCUGCUACCCCAUCAUGCUCCCUGGAGAGACCUCCACCCCCCUCCCUGUGGCUGCCGAGGCCUACACCCCCCCUGACGCUCCCCCCUGCCGGUGCCAGAAGGCAAGACGGAGAAGUUCACGCCUCAUCUUUAAGGAACGGUCGCUUAGCAACAGCCGUGCCAUUCAGGAUGGCCCCUUGGGAUUCUUUGAGAUCCUCCCAGCUGAAAUGAUCUACAACAUCCUGUAUGAGCUGUCCAUAGUGGACCUGUCCAUCCUGACCAUUGUGUCCAAGGCAGUGCGCGGGCUGGUGGAAUGUUUCAUGGACAGCAAACGGGGGGAGGACAGGCUGCUGCUGAGGGUCUCCUUACACCAGCCGGCCUGCCAGGAGCACCAUGCCAGCCUCAUGCAGCACUUCCGCAGGCUAGGAGUUCUACAUAAGAGAGUAACUUGUCUCUACACAACAAGGGACAGGCUCAGGAUCAUGGAGCAAUUCAUCAGAAAGCUGGACCUGCUGUCCUGCCUGAGCUGCUCCAACCACUGCCUGGCGCUGACGUGUUACGGGCGGUUCCUGCACACGGUCAUCGCCGGCUGGGACGAGAUGGAGUGUCUCAGAGUGUACGCCAUCAUCAACUCUCAUGUGCAGAGGAGACUCACACAGGUCCUGCAGUCAACACAUGGUUGCCAUGGCGAUGAUGAGCUGUACCUGAGGCUGUUCUACAGAAGAGUUCUGCUGGACCAGUGUGAACAUCAGCUAGAACGAGCGUUCUGGCUCAGCCGAAUGCUGAAGCCCCUUCCCAUGGUGCACCAGGCCCGGAUGCUGUACCUCCUGUUUGGGCCCGUCUGUUUUCAGGAGGAUGGUGCGGUGUGGUUAGAGAUGGGGGAUGCAGAAAGCAACACCCCCGCCUCCACAGUGGUACUGGCCGAGCUGGGAUCAGCCAUCAAGACUCUGCACAACUACUGCAGGGAGUGGACAGAGGAUGACAUCAUCGGGGUCAUAGAGGAGGUCACUGCGCUCCCGGAGACCUGGACACCCGAGAACGUGGCGCGCCUGCUGACCCUGUGUGGGGAGAACAUCUGUGUGAAGUUGCUGGGCAGCAAGGCCAUCAACGGGAGGCUGGAGGAACUGGCGGAGGUCAUAGUGCACCUGGCAAAGGUGUGUGUCAAGGAGCACUACAGCACCCAGUGGGUGAUACAGGUGACACGUCGCGUCUGUCGCUACAUGGACAUCCCUGCCGACAGGAGAAGUUUCCUCAUGGCCAUUCCGCAGACUUUCAAGGAGUUUCUGAUGGACAUGCAUGAUGAUGCAGGGGAAGACACGGACCCCACAGACCUGUACUACAUACUGUCAUCCUUCCCUCUCUCUCCCAUUCUAACCAUCCCACCCCCACCCCCAGGGGAAGACACCGACCCCACAGACCUGUACUAAAUGC